ACAUCCACGAGGUCACAUGACCCAACUCCCACCACCCAAUCACCAACCCCAUCAUCAUGAAUCCAACAUCCAAGCAACAAAACCGACUACUAGGUACCUGUACAGCAACACCCAACCCACGCCACGCCCACAAUGCCAGCCGACGAAUACUCCGUCGGCGGGGGCGGCAAGCUCAAACUAAAAGGUUCCAAAGUGAGCGACGGCCGCAUAGAAAAGAAAAAGAAGAAAGCCAAGAAAAGCAACCCAGAAAGCGGCAGCAAGAAAGAAAGCGAGGAUGCUCCGUCGGCGUCCACGUCCCAGGCAGUAGAUGACAAGGAGAGUCCGCCCACUUCUCUACCCCCACAGGAUGAGGAGUCUGAUGCCGGGGUGAGUGCUGGAGCUGCUGGGAAGACGGAGGCAGAGAGGAAGUAUGAAGAGAUGAGGAAGAAGAGGUUACAAGAACGUCUCAAGCGAGAAGGGGUCAAAACGCAUAAAGAGCGAGUGGAAGAGUUGAACAAAUACCUGAGUCGACUGAGCGAGCAUCACGACAUGCCGAAAAUUGGACCCGGUUAAGACAGUUUUUAUUAUUAGUAGUUACAUUUCUUUUUCUUCCUCUUUCUUUGUUCCAUGUAUGUAUCCUGGGUAUUAUUGUUUGUUUGGCUUGGUUUUAUAUGGUAGGGUUGUAGAAUUUGCUCAUGCAAUGGUUGUCAUGUGCCUUUUUGAUCCUUAAUUUUUUUUUUUUUUCUUUUCUUUUUUUCCUGCUCCU